CCGCAGAGUUCUCCAAGUGCUCUGAAGUAGUAGCUACAGCAGGACUGAUAAUAAUUGGUGUUGUCACCGACCAGUGCAAAGUGUUUGACAUCGAGUAGCUUUGGUUGCGCACGCUUUUGUGCUUUUCUCGUGUUUCUUUUUGCUGCGUGUGAGAGAGGGAGGUGGCGACAGCAGAUGUGUCUGCGGGUGACUCGCAUCUCUAUCCUAUGCUUGACUUGGGAACGUGUGUUGCUGCCACAGGAGCAGCGCGCCUUCGUUCCACUGUCGCCUGCUUUGAGUGAGCCCUGCUCUAAAUUCCCCUUCUUGGUCCGGUUUACAGCUGCGGUGUCUGCUGUCUUGAUCCCCCCCUUUAUCGCACUCCGAAUUCGGUGGAGGGGGAAGACGACAAAGACAAGGAGACAUUUUCCAGGCGCGACAGCCUUUUCGGUUGCUUAUCCUCUGCGAAAGAUUUGGUUUUGAAGUGUUGGGCUGGUGCAACUGGUGUUGUUCCCCGAGCUCGGAGAGUUUUGGAACUUCGAGCGGCGGUGUUGCAGGGGAAAAGAAAGGGUGAAAAGCUUUCCGCUGUUCCGGAAGAGAUUUCUCCUGUCUGUCUCCUUGGGUACAGGCCAUUGUUUCAUAAGAUUUGGUCACUCUCUUUCCAUUCUUGGUCCACUAGAGAAGAUAGGCAUGGAAGAAGGUCUCAGAGGAGGAGUAUGUCCUCAGCUGCUUGAUUUGAUGCCAAACAAAAGAGAUUGGAUAGUGAAGGAUGAUGGGAGAGGAGGGGAAAUGAAAGCUUCACAGCUAGAGGUGGAGAGUUUGGAGCUGAGACUUGGCCUCCCUGCAACUGAAGAAGAAAAAGACCCCUCUGUUCUCUCUCUUGCUCUCUUUUACAAGUCCUCCAAAACCACCACCAACAACAACAACAACAAGAACCACCACUGUGCUGGAUCCAAAAGGGGUUUCUUUGGCACAUUUGAGUCCAGAGCAGAAGGACCUCAGCAGCAGAAGACAAGUGGGGCAAAUCUAAAAGAUGAGCUGCAUCAGAGCCAAGAGAGAAAGGUAGCACAUGAGGCCCCUGAAAAUGCAUCUGCGGCAAACAUGAACUCUCAGACAAGAGCUGCAUCUGUUCCUCUGGUUGGUUGGCCUCCUAUCCGCACCUUCAGAAAGAAUUUCGCUACCGGCUCAUCCAAGCCGUCUCCUGAACCACAGAGUGGGGAUUUGCAGUCCAAAGUGAAGCUUGAGGACUGCAAGAAGGGCUUGUUUGUGAAAAUUAACAUGGAAGGCAUUCCAAUUGGCAGAAAAAUAGACCUGUCAACCUAUAACAGCUACGAGAAGCUCUCUCUAGCUGUGGAGGAACACUUUCAAGAUCUUCUAGCAGCUCAAAAAGAUCCUUCUACUGCUGAUACUUUGAAGGAUGGAGAAAAACAAGUAUUUACAGGCUUAUUAGAUGGUACUGGUGAAUAUUCACUGAUCUAUGAAGAUAAUGAAGGAGAUAGGAUGCUUGUUGGAGAUGUACCUUGGGACAUGUUUGUUUCGAUGGCUAAAAGGCUGAGGGUGAUCAAGAGCACCGAUCUUUCUGUAAUUCGUGUGUAAGUUUGCGGUUUUUGUUUUCGUCAAUCUUCAGGACCAGUAUGCAGGAAAAGAACAGCAACAGAGUGUUGAAUUAUAUUAGGAGAAGGCAUUCCCUGUUCAGGCUUUCAUCUAAUGCUUCUUUCUUUUAUGUGCAAUGUAUGGGUUGGUGGAUGCAACCGAGUGUUUUUCUCAUACUUUUUGGUUCAACUUGAGUUCAAAUUCCUCCUAAUUUUCCCCCUUAUUGGGGUUGUGGAGUUCGUGCUUUUGAACGAUAUAUAUAUAAUAAUGUGUAAACUCAUGAUAUCCAACUGCCUGCUUAUUUGCA